AUGGCUGUCCAGGAAGGCACUAUCGAUGACGAUGCAGACUCGGCGCUUGGCAGCGAUGCGGCCAGUUCAACCGCAUCUGUCACCUCCAGCAUCCGUGAAUAUCGAACUAUUCAUGGAAGGACCUACCAUAGCAAAUUCGGUGAUACCGACUAUUGGGCGUCGAACGAUGAGAGACAGACGGAGGCGAUGGAUAUCAACCAUCAUGCCCUCACCCUCUCUAUCGGCGACAAGCUCCAUCUUGCCCCCUUGAAGAAAGAUAUUAAGAGAGCACUCGAUGUUGGGACUGGGACAGUCUUACUUAUCGAGAUUGGAAGUGAUUUCGCCGACGAAUUUCCCGACACUGAGGUCGUUGGUACCGAUCUUUCACCCAUCCAACCAUCAUGGGUCCCACCAAACUUGAAGUUCGAAAUCGACGACUGCACGAAGAAUUGGACCUUUCCGCGAGACUCGUUCGACUACAUCCACAUACGCUGGCUAGUCGGAAGCAUCCCCGACUGGAACGAGCUGUUCAAGCAGGCCUACAAGUGCUGCAAGCCAGGCGGGUACCUGGAGAGCUACGAGGGAUCUGCGACGAUGGAGAGCGACGACGGGACCGUCCUGAAGACGAGCGCGAUGGGCCAGUGGGCCAGCUUCUUUGUCGAAGGCGGGAAGAAGCUGGGGCAGACGUUCCUGGUCGUCGAUGAGGGUAUUCAGAGGAAGGCUAUGGAAGCGGCUGGGUUUGUCGAUAUCCAGGAGAGGAACAUCAAGACCCCUGUCGGUGGGUGGCCUGAUGAUCCAAAGAUGAGGGAGAUAGGGCAGUAUGCGCAGUUGGUUCUUGAGGAGGAUUCCGAGGGCUAUGUCCUUUUCCUGGCCAACGCCCAGGGCUGGUCGAAAGAGGAGGUAAUACACCAUGGAUACUACCGGCAAAAGGUUGUCUGGGGUCGGAAGCCGGAUUCGUCCUGA